AUGACAGUUGCUACUGGAGAUCCUGCAGAUGAAGCUGCAGCUCUUCCCGGUCACCCGCAGGACACGUACAACCCUGAGACCGACCAUGAGUGCUGUGAGAGGGUGGUCAUCAAUAUCUCGGGGCUGCGCUUCGAGACGCAGCUCAAGACACUUGCCCAGUUUCCAGAGACCCUGCUAGGGGAUCCUAAAAAGAGGAUGAGGUAUUUCGACCCUCUCCGGAACGAGUAUUUCUUUGACCGGAACAGACCCAGCUUUGAUGCGAUUUUGUAUUAUUACCAGUCUGGGGGGAGGUUGCGGCGGCCGGUUAACGUGCCCUUAGACAUCUUCUCCGAAGAGAUCCGCUUCUAUGAACUGGGGGAAGAAGCCAUGGAGAUGUUUCGGGAGGAUGAAGGCUACAUCAAGGAAGAGGAGAGGCCGCUGCCUGAGAACGAGUUUCAGAGACAAGUGUGGUUGCUCUUUGAGUACCCUGAGAGCUCAGGCCCUGCCAGGAUUAUAGCUAUUGUCUCUGUCAUGGUGAUUUUAAUCUCCAUCGUCAGCUUUUGCUUGGAAACUUUGCCCAUUUUUCGGGAUGAGAACGAAGACAUGCACGGCAGCGGGCUGAGCCAUCCCCCCUACUCCAACAGCAGCAUGGGGUACCAGCAGUCCACUUCUUUCACAGACCCCUUCUUCAUCGUGGAGACACUUUGCAUCAUCUGGUUCUCCUUCGAGUUCUUGGUGAGGUUUUUCGCCUGCCCCAGCAAGGCUGGUUUUUUUACCAACAUCAUGAACAUUAUAGACAUCGUAGCCAUCAUUCCCUAUUUCAUCACCUUAGGGACGGAGCUGGCCGAGAAGCCAGAGGAUGGUCAGCAGGGCCAGCAAGCCAUGUCCUUGGCCAUCCUUCGAGUCAUCCGCUUGGUGCGGGUCUUCAGGAUCUUCAAGCUCUCCCGGCACUCCAAGGGGCUGCAGAUCCUGGGACAGACUCUCAAGGCCAGCAUGCGGGAGCUGGGCCUCUUGAUAUUUUUCCUCUUCAUCGGCGUCAUCCUCUUCUCCAGCGCCGUCUACUUUGCCGAGGCCGACGAGAGCGAGUCCCAGUUCCCGAGCAUCCCCGAUGCCUUCUGGUGGGCUGUGGUUUCCAUGACGACUGUUGGCUACGGAGACAUGGUCCCCACGACCAUCGGGGGGAAAAUCGUGGGUUCCUUGUGUGCCAUCGCUGGUGUACUAACGAUUGCCUUACCUGUGCCCGUCAUAGUGUCUAACUUCAAUUACUUCUACCACCGGGAGACCGAGGGAGAGGAGCAGGCUCAAUAUUUGCAAGUAACCAGCUGCCCAAAGAUCCCCUCUUCCCCUGACCUAAAGAAAAGCAGAAGUGCCUCUACCAUUAGUAAGUCUGAUUAUAUGGAGAUUCAGGAAGGUGUGAACAAUAGCAAUGAGGAUUUUAGGGAGGAGAACUUGAAGACAGCCAAUUGCACCCUAGCUAACACAAACUAUGUGAAUAUCACCAAAAUGCUAACCGAUGUCUAG